AUGCAGCAGACCACAGGACUCUCAGGGCUUCCUGCCAGCUCUGCACACUGCCCUCUCUACGUCAAAUGGUUUGUGAAACACAGACAAGGGGGCGGGAGUGAGGACCAGGCAGGCAGCGGGAACAAGGGGCCCCCAGAAGUCACCAGCUGUGGCCACUACUAUUUUCCUAGGGCCAUGAAAAGUCCCGGGAGAGUUCGAGAUGGAGGGGAUGGGGGACCGAAGGGCUCCAAGGAGAUGGUUUGCUGGAGGAUUCUCACCGUGGUGGUUAAAUUGCUGGGUUGGAGAACGGAUGCGGCUUUGCUGACAGAGAGUCUGCGGCCCCCAGGACGUGCCGGUGGUGACGGGAGCUGGUUAGUGCUGGUCCUCCUUGUCUGGGGAUCCCGGGGGAUCACCUCACCACCCCAGAGCACUUUCUACCCUGUGAUCAAGGGAUCUAAUGCAACCCAUUCUCCAAGUUUGGCCAACUCCUGGGCAUUCUCCCUUUUGAUUCCUCAGCACCUGCUGACCUGUAAACUAGGCUCAGGGACUAUCCAUGAGCCUAAGGAUGUAAUCAGCAAGCUUCAGUUGAUGGAUGCCCAAGGUCAAGUGUGGGGCCAGAACGUGCUCCUGCAGGUCCAAGACAACUGGCUCCAAAUCCUGGAUAUUGAGACAAGGGAAGAGAUGGAUUCCUACCCCUUGGAUGGCAUCCAAUCAUUGGAAGUUAUAUUAAAUAGCUGUUCCUACAAUUCAAUUCUACAAAUUACCCUUCAGGGGCUGGACCACUCUUUCACCAGUAUCCUGUUAUUUCAGUGCUGGGAAGUUAAGGCUGAGAUCCUGAAGAAUCACCUACAGAAGGCUAUCGAUGAACUUAAAAAGAGUCAAGAGCCAAGAUCCAUAUUUAGGGGUUCGCAGCCCAAUCAGAAUAGGUGGGAGGCACCUCCCCAAGAGAAAUCUCCCUGGAAUCCCACUGAGCACAGACGCCCCCUCUCACAUCGCCCUAGUUCCCAGGAGCCACAGGGUUUUGGCCAGUUUCCCCAGCAGAAAGCACAGCCUGAGCACCCUCUGGACCUGGAUAAAGACCUGGAGGAGCUGAACAAAACCCUGAGUGACAUUGAUAUGUUCAUAAUGAUGGCAUCGGAUGGCCAGAAAAAUAAUACUAAGAAACUUAUGGGGAAGAAGAAGAAGAAGAAGACCCAAAAAGAACCAAUCUCAGAACCCCAAUAUAUUGACUGCUUCCAGAAGAUCAAGCAUGCAUUCAAUCUCGUGGGAAUGCUGGACCUCCAUCUACAGCAGCCAAGUGGUCCUGACCUUGUCCACAUGCUCUUCCAAGCUUUGAACGUGGUGAUGUCCAACUGCCCCCAUCCUCAUUUGGCAGCUUCCACAGAGGUUCCUCGGUUAACUCCCAAAGCCAUUGCCCUGCUGCAGUCUUGUCUGACACCAAAUGAAAUGGAUUUCUGGGAAAGUCUGGGAGAGUUCUGGACCAUGAGCACGACUAAUGAAGCAGACCAAAGGCCAGCAAAUUCUACACCCACCCCCAGACUCUACGGGCAGUGGGAACCCUCCAAGUUCUCCUCGGACAACCCCCAGCACACCCCAGCCAAGGACCAGGAUCGCUUCUCCCUCAGUCCCAGCCCAGCGCAGCAGCCUCUGUUAAUGCAAGUUCAGUAUGAGUUUGAAAGCAGAAACCCACAGGAGCUGGCAGUGGUCCAGGGCGAGGUGCUGGAGAUUCUGGACCAGCGUAAACAGUGGUGGCUCGUGAAAAAUGAAGCUGGACAAAAAGGUUACAUCCCUAACAACAUCCUAGAGCCUCUGCCACCAGGUCCACCAAGGACCAGGAGCCAGCCUAGCUCCCCAAUUCAGGGUCCUGUGCUAAGGUCCACCUCCAAGCCACAUGAAGUAAGGGAAUGGUUAAAGUCAGAGAACUUCUCUACCAUCACCAUUAAGACUUUGGGAGUACUGACAGGAAGCCAGCUCCUGCACAUGCAGCCCCGAGAGCUACAGCUGGUGUGCCCAGAGGAGGCCCCCCGAAUCCUAGCCCGGCUAGAUGGGGUGAAGAGGACGCUAGGGAUGAUCCCUUAGGCUUCACCCAGAACUGUUCAGAAUGAAGGGUUGAAUCCCUAGUUUCCUCAGAGCAACAGAUUGGAUGGCCCCAGAAAUCCUGUGCCUUCAGACACCUCACCUACUCACAUUUGUCAACUCGAUCACACUUGCCUGCCUAAGCCCCCUUUUCAACUCCAGCUCGUCUUCCAGGACCUUAUUAUCUGCCGAGAGCCAUAUCCUGGUCUAAACUACUUAUUUCCUGAAGUGAAAUGGGAAUGAGGGCAAUGGAUGAGAAGGAAGAAAGGAGGGCUGGAAUGGAAGCUUACCAGGAUGAUGCUUGUGUUCCCCAUUCAUCUGGAGCCAUCCCCAAAUCCUGAGUAUUUAUGAUACAUCCUUGCCCCACAAUAAACCAAUGCCUCCUUAUAACCAAA